UACACCGGAAGCGCUCGGAAGCGGAAAUGAGUUAAAAGUCCUUGCACGCUGUCAACAACAUAAACACGUGGUUCCCUUAACUAAAAGCUGCUUAAUAUAAAUUUUCAUAUAUUCUGUUGGUUUGCUUGUUGAUUUUCUAGAUCAGUUAUGCAGCUUUGUGGAGUCUGUAGCGAACAUGUUCCUAAAUACAGAUGUCCAGCCUGCAGAAUCAGAUAUUGUUCGGUGAGUUGCUUUAAAAGACACAAAGAUGAUGAUUCGUGUCAUCCAGUUAAAGAAUCAGAUUCAGCCUCCAGCAGCUCAACACCAGUGAACAGCGUUUCAGCUGAACAGCCGUGGACUGUUGAGGAUCUUCUUGAUGAAGACAGUCAGACUGACAAAGUGCCAUUACAGAAACUUCAGCAGCUGGGUGGUUCAGAGGCGUUGAAGGGACUGUUGAGGAACCCUCAUCUCCGGCGGUUAGUGAUGUCUGUGGACUCGGCUGAAGAUAAAGCCAAAGCCAUGAAAGACGCCAUGCAGGAGCCGCUGUUCGUGGAGUUUGCUGAUCAGUGCUUAAAAAUUAUUGAACCGACAGAAACGGAGAAUGACUAUGAUGAUGAAGAAUUCUGAUCGGAUUGAACUGUCACAUUUGGACCGAUUCCUAACGCAAAUGCGUCAGAUUUUUACAAAAAUGUUGAUAUAAUGAUGUAAAAUUUGUAUUACACCAAUGUCUUUUGAAUGCGAAAAAUGUCUCAAAGGUAUAGUUUACCCAAAAAUGAAAAUUUGCUGACAGUGUACUCACCCUCAGGCCAAUCCAAGAUGUAGAAGAGUUUGUUUCUUCAUCAGAUUUGGAGAAAUGUAGCAUUGCAUCAGUGUCUCAGCAAUGGAUGCUCUGCAGUGAAUGGGUGCCGUCAGAAUGAGAGUCCAAACAGCUGAUAAAAACAUCACAAUAAUCCACACCACUCCAGUCCAUCAGUUAAUGUCUUUGGAAGCUGCGUGUUUGAAAGAAACAAAUCCAUCAUUCCAUCAAGAUGUUUUAACAUCAGACUGUUGCUUCUUUCCAAAAUACGAGUCCUCUAUCCAUAAUAUUGCUUUCUCCAAUAAAAAGUGGUCUGAAUCAGGAGAGAAAUCUGCACCGAUCAAGCCGAAACGGCUCUAAACAAAUAUGUGCAUUGAUUUUGAUGUGAGAGACAACAGGAGAUGGACUUUUUUACUGGAGGAAGCAUUAUUAUUGAUUAUGGACUCAUAUUUUGGCCAGAAGUGACGGUUUGAAGUUAAAAACGUCUUAAUGAUGGAUUUGUUUCUUACAAACACACAGCUUUAGUCUUCUCAAGAUGUUAACUGAUGGACUGGAGUGGUGUGGAUUAUUGUGAUGUUUUUAUCAGCUGUUUGGACUCUCAUUCUGACGGCACCCAUUCACUGCAGAGCAUCCAUUGAUGAGCAAGUGAUGGAAUGCUACAUUUCUCCAAAUCUGAUGAAGAAACAAACUCGUCUACAGCUUGGAUGGCCUGAGGGUGAGUAUAUUUUCAUUUUCGGGUGAACUAUUGUUUUAAGAGACAAUCUUCAGAAUAAUGACAGCAUUCACACGUUUAAAGAGAGACUGAGAAACUGGUUUUGCCAUAGAUGGACCCUAUUAAAUGUAUAUUUAUACCUGACAAAUGAACUUUUACAAUAAAAUUGCUCUCAAGCUUU